CAACAAGGGAAAUGAGCAAUUGGAGAUUCGGGAAGCUAUGGAACGAGGCUGUAAAAGAAUUAUACGGUCACUACAUUUCUCUCCUUUUAAUUCCCUCUCUAACUAUAUUUCACAAUCACUAUAUUUUCAUUCUCUCUACACAAACGAGAGACACAGAGAAGAUUGAAAGGGGUUUGUUGGUUAGAGAAGGAGAAGAGGAAAACAGGGGAUUAUUAACAUGGGGUGUGUUAAUGGUGGAAGUGAAGAGAGUUGGGUACAUAGCAGGACCAAUGGUGGCUGUGAAUUUCUCACAGUACUUCUUGCAAGUAAUAUCAAUCAUGAUGGUUGGUCAUCUUGGCGAGCUCGCUCUUUCUAGCACCGCCAUUAAAUUCUCCUUCUGCGCUAUCACCGGAUUCAGUCUCGUUGCAACCUUGGAGCAGCAGUAGCGCUCAGUGGUUCGUAUUGGUUGACUGUAAUUUUGCUCGGAUCGUAUUCUCUCCUAGUUGUGUGGAGCUAUUCCAUGGGGUAUGCUUAUCCUGCUCUCCGGAUUUCUACCAAAUUCAAAGCUUGAAACUUCAGUUCUGUCUGGUAUGUUUUCUCUCAAAUUCCAUGGGCCCGCCCACCAUCAGGAGGAGGGAGGAGCCUCAUUUCUCCCACAUGUGCUUCGAUCCAUUCUUAAACUCUCGUUAGCGUUGUGUGGGUUAGUUUGGCGUCCCGAGAUUCAUGGUCACUCAGUUGUUAGAACUUCAAGUUGGUAUAGGUCUCGUACUUGUCGCCAAGGUGGUGCAGGUUGUUGUGGCGGCUUGAGGUCUACACCCACUUAAAAAGCCAUGCAUCACCGAUGUCCGCGCUCCCAAAGGUACCGGGCUAGGUCUAUUAUUUGUUGUCAGUAUGGUGUGGAUUGGAUCGUUUUGACGGUCUGAGUUUUAUGCCCACAACAUAUUGGGUUAGGUGGUUUCCAAUUACCAAUAUAAAAAAAACAAUGGAAAUUUUUGUCGGUUGUUCCCUUUGUAACUGUUUUUUUUUUAAACAUGCGAACUGAUAACAUCCAGUACUAACGUGCUAGAACACGUUUAUCUGUCGACUACACGAAAAAUUUAUAUACUAACGUGCUAGAAUUCAGAAGAACAACAACUUGAAGGUUUCGAUGAGGGAAACAGGGGAGAAGAACGGCAUGGAUGAAAGUCUGAUCCCGAAAGAAAGAGAGGAGUCGGAGUCCUCGUCGUCGUCUCUAACGUGGGAUGUGUUCUUUCAAGAAGUCAAGAGAGUGGGCUGGAUAGCUGCACCAAUGGUAGCUGUGAAUCUGUCGCUGCUCCUAUUGCAAGUUAUUUCGAUGAUGAUGUCCGGCCAUCUCGGUGAACUUUCUCUCUCCAGCGCCGCCAUAGCCGUCUCGCUUUCUGGUGUCACCGGCUUCAGCGUCCUCUUAGGGAUGGCAAGUGCGUUGGAAACUCUUUGUGGGCAAGCUUAUGGGGCUCGGCAGUAUCACAAACUUGGAACUCAGACUUACACUGCUAUGUUCAGCCUAAUUUUAGUUUGUCUCCCACUCUCUCUGAUAUGGAUAAACAUGGGAAAGAUACUUGUAUUAAUCGGCCAAGACUCCGAAAUUUCUCGUGAAGCUGGAAGAUUUACAACAUGGCUUGUUCCUGGACUCUUUGCUUAUGCAAUUCUUCAACCGUUGAUUCGAUUCUUUCAGAUGCAGAGUUUGAUUUUUCCCAUGUUUCUAAUCUCUAUCAUAACUGUGUGUCUCCACAUACCACUCUGUUGGGUUUUAGUAUUUAUGUCAAGACUCGAGAAUCAUGGAGCCGCGUUUGCACUCAGUAUUUCUUUGUGGUUAAAUGUGAUUUUUCUAGGGUUAUACAUGAAGUUCUCUUCUGCUUGUGCAAAAACCCGUGCGCCAAUUUCUAUGGAGUUGUUCCGAGGGGUUGGAGAGUUUUUCCACUUUGCCAUCCCUUCUGCAGCAAUGAUAUGCCUGGAAUGGUGGUCAUAUGAGUUGCUUGUUUUGCUGUCGGGGCUUUUACCUAAUCCACAGCUUGAAACUUCAGUCCUCUCUGUAUGUCUGCAAACAAUUGUAACGCUCUCUAUGAUACCACAUGGACUUGGUGGAGCAGCAAGCACUAGAAUCUCAAAUGAAUUAGGAGCAGGGCACCCAGAAUCUGCACGAAUAGUUGUCUACGCUCUGAUGUUUCUUGCAGUAAUAGAAACAACAAUAGUAAGUUCAACAAUCUUCGCUAGCCGGCAUGUUUUUGGUUACACAUUCAGCAAUGAGAAGGAAGUUGUGGAUUACGUCACUGUCAUGUCUACCUUCAUCUGUAUCUCCAUUAUAUUAGAUUCCUUACAAGGAGUACUUUCAGGUGUUGCCAGAGGAUGUGGAUGGCAGCGCACAGGAGCUUAUAUCAACCUUGCGGCAUUCUAUCUUUGUGGUAUACCUUGUGCUGCAAUGUUGGGUUUCUGGGCAAACUUAGGAGGGAAGGGCCUUUGGAUGGGAAUACAAAUCGGUGCUUUUACGCAGACAAUACUCCUCUUUAUUGUAACAGGUUGCACAAACUGGGAAAAGCAGGCAAACAAGGCAAGGGAGAGAGCAUGUGAAGGAAAUCGCAAUGGUUUGGCGUAUAUAUAGAGCAGCAUCAAGUAUAGCAUGUUAACAUGUAUAUUUAGUGAAACCGCAAUGGUAGAGUUAUCCUCAGCUUAAUCCAGUUCUAAGCCUAUAACUAAGGCAGGUCAAUAAACAGUGCUUCAACAGGUA